AUGGCGUCAAAGAUGGAUGAUGUGGCACAUGUUGAGGCUCACAGCCACCACACAGAAAAGGAGGAUACGCUUUCGACCGUUGGAAAAGGCACUGGCGAUGCUCAACAAGCCAACUUGAAUGAACACACAACGACAGUCAGGCAGGCACUGAGGGCCUACCCGUGGGCAGUGUUCUGGACGCUUCUUGUGUCCAUGUCCAUCAUCAUGGAAGGCUACGACACGCAGCUGAUGCCGUCCUUCUUCGGCUUUACAUCCUUCCGAAACCAGUUCGGCGAGUACUCGAACGUGUCAAAGGACUUUCAAAUCGCCGGCAAAUGGCAAUCUGCUCUGGGAAGCGGUGCCCAAGCAGGCUGUAUUGUUGGCGCCACUCUCAACGGCUGGAUGAUCCACCGCUGGGGUUACAAGGUUGUGUUUAUGUUCGGGUUGAUCUUGAUGAACGGGUUCAUCUUCAUCAGCUUCUUUGGCAAGAGCAUUGAACUACAAACAGUCGGUCAGGUGCUGUGCGGGGUUUGCUGGGGUAUCUUCGCCACGAUUGGGCCUGCGUAUGCGUCUGAAUUAUGUCCGAUGGCGUUCCGGCCCUACAUGACGGCCUACACCAACAUGUGCUUUGCCAUCGGUCAGUUCGUUAGUGCCGGUGUCCUGCAAAGUCUGUUGCACCGCGAGGACGAGUGGUCGUACAGAAUUGCCUACGCAGUGCAGUGGAUCUGGCCAGCACCAUUGAUGCUCGUUGCGUGGUUCAUGCCCGAAUCUCCAUGGUGGCUUGUACGACAAGGCAAGAUGGACCAAGCGGAGCACAGCUUGAAGAGACUGAUGGCGGAACACGAGAAGCCGCAAGCCAAGAACGUGCUGGCCAUGAUUGCGCACACCAACGAGAUCGAACUCGAGACCACCAAGGGCAGCAACUACUUGGACUGUUUCAGAGGUUACGACCUGCGCCGCACUGAAGUCGCCUGCGUCGUCUUUGCCGGCCAAGUCUUGUCGGGCUCGCAAUUCGCCUACAGCGGCACCUAUUUCUUCGAACAAGCCGGCAUGAGCCCCGAUGACGCCUAUAAGCUGGGUCUGGGAGGCACUGCCGUUGCCUUUGUGGGCACGAUUUUGUCUUGGUUCCUCAUGCGCGUUGCCGGCCGCCGCACCAUCUACAUCGGCGGCAUGACCUCCAUGUGCAUUUGUUUGUUGAUCAUCGGCUUCUUGACCCUCGACAAGCACAGCUCGUCCAUGUGGACCCAGUCGGCCUUUUGUAUCUUGUGGCUCUUUUCGUUUUCCUUGUCCGUCGGCCCCAUCGGAUGGGCCAUCCCCGCCGAAGUCAGCUCGACACGCCUCCGCUCCAAGACUGUGAGUUUGGCUCGAAACGCCUACUAUGUCGUCCAGAUCAUCGCCAACGUCAUCGAACCCUACUUUAUGAACCCGGACGAGCUCAACUGGAAGGGUUAUACUGGCUUCUUCUGGUUCGGUACCGCUUUCCUCACUCUAGUUUGGGCCUUCUUCAGACUCCCCGAAACUCGAGGUCGGACCUACGAAGAACUCGAUCUUAUGUUCGCGGCCAAGGUUCCGACCAGGAAAUUCGCAAAGUACCACGUUGAUGCCUACGAUGAAUCGCGACAUGUCUCGGACAGGGUCGUCGAGAACUAG